AUGCAUUAUUAUUUCACUUCUAAAGCAUUUUUUUAACUUUUGUGCUAAAUUUUCCAUAUCUGUUUCUAUGAAAGACAAGAACCCAUGAUCAAGAAUGUUUGAUGGCAGCCAUUAACGUGCUUGUUGUGUUUUUGUUCUGCACUUGUGUAAAUCUUUCUGCUCUGGUGUGGUGUGAGGAAGACGAUGACUAUGCCAAAGCGAUUCUUAGUGCAGCCAACAAGGACAAAGAUUGGUUGGUUCAGGUGAGAAGGGAGAUUCAUGAGCACCCAGAACUGGGUUUUGAAGAGCACAACACCAGUGCUCUUAUCCGCAGUGAACUUGACAAGCUUGGUAUCACUUACACAUACCCAGUUGCCAAAACCGGAAUCGUUGCCCAAAUUGGCUCUGGUUCUCGUCCCAUCAUUGCUAUUCGUGCUGAUAUGGAUGCACUUCCUUUGCAGGAGCUUGUUGAGUGGGAGCACAAGAGCAAAAUUGAUGGCAGAAUGCAUGCUUGUGGACAUGAUGCUCAUACAACAAUGCUACUUGGGGCUGCAAAGUUGCUGCAUCAGCGCCAAGAUAAACUUCAGGGAACUGUGAGACUUAUUUUUCAACCAGCUGAGGAGGGAGCUAGGGGCGCCUCUCAAGUGAUAAAAGAAGGAGUUCUUCAAGAUACAGAAGCAAUUUUCGCUGUUCAUAUUGAUGCUGAGACGCCUACUGGAGCCAUAGCAUCCAUUCCAGGGCCUUUUACAGCUGCUGGAUGCAUCUUUGAGGCAAAAAUUGUAGGAGUGGGUGGUCAUGCUGCUUCACCCCACAGGAAUGUGGAUCCAGUGCUGGCUACAUCAUUUUCAAUAUUAGCAUUACAACAGCUUGUCUCAAGGGAAAAUGACCCUCUUCAGAGUCAAGUGUUAUCAGUGACUUAUGUCGAAGGUGGGACUGCACUAAAUGUGAUCCCACCCCAUGUAAAAUUUGGAGGCACCCUGAGGAGCCAGACAACUGAGAGAGUGUACCAUUUCAGACAGAGAUUAAAGGAGGUUAUUGAAGCACAGGCAGUUGUGCACAGAUGCGAGGCCUAUGUUGAUUUCAAAGAUGAGGACUCUACUCCAUAUCCUGCUGUUGUCAAUGACAAUGAUUUACAUCUGCAUGUGGAAAGAGUUGGCAAGCUUCUGUUUGGUCCAGACAAUGUCCAUGCAGGCAAGAAGGUGAUGGCCGGCGAAGACUUUGCAUUUUAUCAGGAGGUAAUUCCCGGAAUAUUGUUUUCCAUUGGGAUCAGAAAUGAGAAAGUAGGAUCAAUUCACUCCCCGCACUCCCCUUUAUUCUUUCUUGAUGAGGAAGUUCUUCCAAUUGGAGCAGCUCUGCACACUGCUAUUGCUGAGUUAUAUUUAAAUGAGCAUAGUGUUCAGUAAAAUUCGUCUAGUUAUUGCUGAUACAUGCAUUGAAGCCUGAAGGUUCUGUAUAUUCAAGGAACAAGUAAUUUCUUCUCCUAAAAUUGUUAGGUUAGUUCUAUUGUUAUGCUCCAUGUCUACAUCUACAUAUAAGUGAUUUUAGAUACAAUGUGAUACAAUGUGUUAUUGUUGUGUAAAUAUUCCUUUCAUAUGAUUCGGUCUUUUAAUAUCAAUGCUGCCUCCAAAA